AUAUUUCAGCUAAAUAAAUAAAAACCCUGACUGAGCGAAGUAAUGCUGCGUUUCGCUGUCAGAGCCGUGAUGGAGUAACAAAAAAAAAAAAAAAAAAAAAAAAAGCGCCCGGUGGUGGAGGAAGGUGGAGAGGAAAAAACUUGUGAUUGAAUCUGGAUGGAACCGACGGGUCUCCGAGACGUUUUCAAAUGUAUAACACUGUGUAAGCGAUGUUGUUUUGCGUUAUUCACACUCACCUCUUCGAUGCAUGUCAGGCCUGUGACGCACACAUCUGCUAAAGCUGCACAACAUCUGGAUUCAGACGCAUGGCUCUGCAUGCACUCUAUUGCAGCAAUGGAGGAUAUUGGUCUCCUUCCCAAACCUACCAAUGACCCCCCUGUGCACAGACCCACAGUCACAGAGACUUUUGGGCUGCACCACAUCUCCCCAGACUAUCUGCACCUCACCGAUCAUGCAAGCAGGAGAUCUGAUGGACCGUCCAACAAGAAAAGGUCCCAUUCAGGAACAGCACAGCCGCAGAUGAUGCACCAGUUUCAGCCACAGAACGCAGGUCCGCUGGGUGCUGCUGACACCUCAUUCCUUAAUACAGCUUCUAAAAAUGGAAACACUAAUCUGGAUAAGGCAGGGACGGGCAGAAAGAAACCCAAAGUCAAACUUGCAGAUCCGUCAAAGUGGAAGCAAAACAAGCAGAAACAGCUGAGGAUGGAGGGCAAAGCGUACGUAAGCAAGCGCAAAAAAGACGGCGAAGUUGUGACGAAACAGCCAAGAGCAGUAGGACCGAGGUGCACCUCGACCGCCUGCAAAAAGGCAUCAAACCGGCUUUGUAAUGAAAUCAACGAAGAAGCCAGGAACAAAGUGUUUGAUGAAUUCUGGCAGGACAUGAACUGGGCUCAGAGAAAACAGUACGUAGCAGGACAAGUUGACUGCGAUCCCGUGGAGAGAUCUCGGGCAGCCGGAUCGCAGUCGAGGAGAUCGGUUUCGCUCCGCUAUCACUUGAUGGUGGAUGGCAAAAGGAAACAAGUGUGCAAGAACAUGUUCCUGUCCACUUUGGGGGUAGGAGAGUGGUCUGUGCUCAACUGGGCACAGAAUGGAGCCACAAAAAAGAAAGACUCAUAUGAGAAGAAAUUAGAAAAGAAGCAGACUGUCCCUCAGUGUCCACAACAGAACUCUACUUCCUCUGUAGUCAGUAAUACUGUGGAAGUUACCCAGGAACAAGUGAAUGCCACAGACAAAGACCAAAACAGGCCACCAGAACCAGAGGGGCCUGCCACAAAGAAAUCCAGAGUCGCCAGGCCGCUAACAUGGAAGCAAAAUCGGCAGAAGCAACUCAGGAUGGAGGGCAAACCUUACAUCAGCAAACGGAAGAAAGACGGCACGACCAUAACUAAAGCUCAGAGGACAAUCGGACCCAGAUGUACGUCCAGUGCUUGCAAAAGAGCAUCCAACCGCUUUUGUGCUGACUUCAGUGAAGACACAAGGCACAAGCUGUUUACGAGUUUCUGGCAGUGCAUGACCUGGCCCGAGAGAAAGGUCUAUGUAGCUGGAUUAGUCGAUUGCGACCCUGUGGAAAGAACCCGAGCACCAUGGACUCACUCGAGAAGAUCAGUCUCGAUGCGGUAUCAUUUAAUGGCCGACAGCGCCAGAAAACAAGUUUGCAAAAAGAUGUUCCUCUCCACUUUGGGGAUUGGAGAGUGGUCAGUGCUUAACUGGGCACAAAAUGCAUCCGAGCAGGAUAAUCCAGAAGAAAACACCAAGAAGAAAACCGAGAGGAAGUCCCGUAAAGCUUCAGAGCAUGUAUUUCUAAAGGAGUUCCUCGAGGGUUUACCCAAAGUGCCCUCGUACUGUUGCGGGAUGCCCGUCUCUAAGAUGUAUCUGGAGCCAGUCUUCUCGAACAUGUCCGAGGUGUACAGACACUACUACAAUCACUGCUUGGAGAAGAUGGCGACGCCGCUCUCUCGGCAGGUUUUCUGUGCUGUGUUUAAAAAGAUGGAUUUGGGAUUGUGCGACCCCAAAAAGGAUCAAGGGUGUUCUUUCGGUACGACUGGAAAUUUGUUUAAUGAGCUUUGGGAGGAAUACUGCAUGGAAAGAGGAGCUUCGGGGCCACAAGCAGAGAAAUCAGGUCACCAGUAGAGUUGACGCGUAUUACUCCAUUACUCUUAUUCACGUUGUGGAAAGUGUAAUUCCGAGACUUUGCCAAAUGACUGUACUUUACGACCUGGCUCAUUAAAUCCCGUUAAGCAUUGAUUCUUCCAGGCUCGUGCUAUCCGAAGCAAUCCAUUGGUGUUUAUGCAGAUGCACACUUGUUUCACUUAAGUAGAAUUUUUUAAGCACUACAUUUAUUCAGAUUUUUUUUAUUGCAGAGCCAUGUGUCUGUAAGGUCUUUUGAGUUUCAGUCAUAAUAUGUGUGAGGAGAGUACUGAAGCAUAUUAUAUCUGUUGUUUCAAUAGGUGUCCAUCCUUAAAGGACUCAGCACUGCAAAUUGUUCUUAUUUAUUUCACUCCGUGCUUGACUGAGGGUGCUCUAUUUGUGUAUUAAAUAAUAACUGAAGCAGUUUGCAGGCUUAUGUGAGAGGCGUGAGUUUUCUGGCCAAAGCAGCUGGACAAACAGAUGUGUGUUCAUAUGUGUGUGUGUGUGUGUGCCUUUACACGUCUUUAUGAAGGUCAAAUUCAAACCACGCCCUGUAGCUUUUUAAACAUCGAAAUAACGGCUCCUCUAACAGCUCGCUUACCCCAUACUGUGUCCUUUUUCAAGUCGAGACACAGUUAGAGCUACACACACACGCACAUACAGUCAUCACCCUCCUAUUCUUCUCCACACAGUGGCAGGAAGUUGUCCAGAUAUCCGCAGGGCCUCUGACAAAAAAAAAAAAAA